AUGAGUGGUCAACCCUGGCACCAGCAGCCCGACCUGCACACCUAUGCUCCGCACCGGUCGACUCUUCUCUCACAUCCCGGAAAUCUCCAGCAGGCGCUUAAGGAUGCCCAAGCAGACCCGGGCAAGGCCCUCUUUGGCGUGGCCCAGGGCAUACCCAGUGUGUUUGUCACAAAGGUCAUCGCCUCUGCCAAGCCAGAUUUCAUCUGGAUAGAUGUGGAACACGGCAUCUGGAACCGCCUGGCCCUCUACGAUGCCAUCCAAGCCGCCCAACACCACUCCGAGGGCAAGACCCUCGUCCUCGUCCGCGUGCCCAAGCAUGACGAGAUCAGCUUGACCACCGCACUGGACGCCGGCGCGGCUGGCAUUGUGAUCCCGCACUGCGAGAGCGCCGACGAGGUGAGGAAGAUGGUCAAGGAGAUGUACUUCCCACCCAUCGGCGCCCGCUCCUUCAGCCCCUGGACUUUCGCGCCGGGAGUCAAUGACCAGUCGCUUUACCCCGGGGACUCGUUCAACACCAAGACAGCCAACAACCACGUCGUCCUGAUCCCGCAGAUCGAAUCGGUCAAGGGCGUCGAGAACGCAGACGAGAUUGCCAGCGUCGAGCAUGUCGGCGGGCUCAUGUUCGGUCCCGGAGAUUUCAUGGCCGAUGCCGGGGUCCCCCUCACCUUGGAGGGUCCCCCGCACCCUGUAUUGAUUGAUGCCAUGACCAAGUUCGCCAUGGCUGGUGCUAAGGCGGGCGUGCCGCUCUUCGGUGCCGCCCAAAAGCCUGGCCAGAUCCCCAUGUUGCUCGAACAAGGAUACCGCCUCAUCGCCGUAGCCUUUGACGUAUGGGCCCUUGCAGGCCUCAUAGCCGGGAAGCUCAAGGAAGGUCGUGAGGACGCUGCUGAGAUG